GAAAUACGGACAUAAUAAACAUCGCGUCGAGUUUAUAUGCAAUAUAUACGAUAUAGAGGUACAAUAUAAAUAUAAUAGGUAGUAAGAUACCUGAAGCUGACUGCAGCACGGAUACUGGUGCCGCUUUUGACCCCUACGACAGUUUUACUUCAACCUCAAAUACCUACCUAUACAAACAAUCAUUUUCGAUCAGCAACAUCAACAGCACCAACAGUGCUGCCUCUUCAAAAAUGAAGUUCAAUAUUGAGUAUGUUUUCAUGAAUUCCAUAGCGUAGCAAAGAAAUAAUUACUUGAGCUAAUGAAGGAGCUAGUGAUUUGCCAGUGCUCUUUCCAUAUCCUAGGAUAUAUCCAGGUAGGUACUCGCUCUCGCUCUUGAUGGUUUGGAUGCUGAAUGCAAAUUUCUAAUUUAUUAUGUAGAACAAUAUGCGUGCGUUACCUCAUUCCGCUGAUUCGUAGCCUACACAAAGAAUCUUUCAUGCUAACCUAUGAUUUGGGCUCAGCUACAUGUGUGAUCUCAAAAGUAUUUGUCCCUCACCUGCUCCUCGUCGGAUCCCUCGUUGCUGAUUAUAUUUCCCAGGAACGCUUGAUGCCGGCGGCCAUUGUGUCUUGGAGAUGCCUUCAGGCACCGGCAAAACUAUCUCACUAUUGUCCUUGAUCGUUGCAUACCAACAAUACUACCCAGAGCACCGCAAACUCAUUUACUGCUCACGUGAGGAAGCCCGACCUGAAGAUGAACAAAGCCAUCAUGCUAAUAGGUAUUUAGGUACUAUGUCCGAGAUUGAAAAAGCCUUGGCGGAAUUAAAAGCUCUUAUGAAAUACAGGGCGGAACAACUUGGGCACCAGGAAGAUUUCCGUGGAUUGGGGUUGACCAGUCGUAAGAAUCUGUGCCUUCAUCCUUCGGUGAAGCGGGAGAAGAGUGGUGCGGUGGUGGAUGCUCGCUGCCGAAGUUUGACCGCUGGUUUUGUGAAGGAGAAGAAGGAAAGGGGGGAAGAUGUUCCUGUAUGCAUUUACCAUGAGGUAGGUACUUUCGCUGUCGCAUUGGUUAGCAUUAUAUUGACGAGCAUAGAAUUUGGAUCUCCUCGAACCGCAUAAUCUAAUACCAAAUGGAGUAUGGACUUUAGAUGGUAUCAUGAGAUAUGGGGAAGAGCAUAAGCAAUGCCCAUACUUUACCUCCAGGCGAAUGGUAAGUGGUGAUGACCUUGCAACUUCAGCAACUAAUGUGGUUAGAUGUCCUUCUGCAAUGUGAUCAUUUACUCGUACCAUUAUUUACUCGACCCUAAGAUUGCCGAACGAGUUUCUAAAGAGCUGUCUAAAGAUUGCAUUGUUGUUUUUGAUGAAGCGCACAAUAUUGAUAAUGUAUGCAUCGAAUCCUUAAGUACCGAUAUCACGGAUGAUUCGCUUCGCAAGGCCACUCGUGGAGCAAUUAACCUCGAGAACAAGAUUUCGGAUUUGAGGGAUAGCGAUUCCGAAAAGCUCAAAGAUGAGUAUGCCAAGUUGGUCGAGGGACUACAUGAUGCUAAUGAAGCUCGAGCGGAGGAUGCUUUUAUGUCAAACCCCGGUUCGUUUGCAUCAUAUCUCACCCCAAAAAUACCUAGUUGCUCACAUCCUUUUAGCUUUGCCAGAUGAUCUCCUCAAGGAAGCCGUUCCUGGGAACAUCAGAAGAGCUGAGCAUUUUGUCACUUUUCUGAAACGAUUUAUUGAAUACCUCAAGGUGUGUAAAGUUCGGCCAUGAGGAAGGGCCAAUAGCUAACCCCAAGAAGACAAGAAUGAAAGUCCGACAAGUCAUAUCUGAGACACCUGCAUCAUUUCUAGCUCACCUGAGGGAACACACAUUUAUCGAAAAGAAGCCUCUGAGAUUUUGUGCAGAACGUCUUACAUCGCUUGUGCGGACUUUAGAACUCACCAAUAUUGAAGAUUAUCAGCCACUUCAGGAGGUAGCGACAUUUGCCACUUUGGUAGCGACAUACGAAAAGGGAUUUCUUCUUAUCCUUGAGCCUUAUGAAUCUGACACCGCCGAAGUCCCAAACCCUGUCCUUCACUUCACGUGUCUCGAUGCAGCAAUAGCAAUAAAGCCCGUCUUCGAACGUUUCAGUUCUGUGAUCAUUACAUCAGGCACCAUUUCUCCACUAGAAAUGUAUCCUAAAAUGCUGGACUUUGAAUGUGUUGUUCAAGAGUCUUAUCCCAUGACCCUUGCUCGUCGUUCGUUUUUGCCCAUGAUUGUCACCAGAGGAUCUGACCAGGUUGCGAUUUCCUCGGGGUUCCAAGUGAGAAACGAGCCUGCGGUUGUCCGUAAUUACGGAAAUUUGCUAACGGAAAUGUCUAAGCUGACUCCAGAUGGUAUGGUCGUCUUCUUCCCAUCUUACCUGUAUAUGGAGUCGAUCAUUAGUAUGUGGCAAGGAAUGGGUAUUUUAGACGAGGUGUGGAAAUACAAGCUUAUUCUAGUUGAGACACCUGAUGCACAAGAAACGUCUCUGGCAUUAGAAACCUAUCGUACGGCAUGCUGUAAUGGAAGAGGUGCUAUUCUCCUUUGUGUCGCUCGUGGAAAGGUCAGUGAGGGUAUCGAUUUCGACCAUCAGUACGGACGCACUGUGAUAUGUAUCGGAGUACCAUUUCAAUACACCGAAUCUCGUAUCCUGAAAGCGCGGCUAGAGUUUCUUCGCGAAACAUAUCGGAUUAGAGAGAAUGAUUUCCUAUCGUUCGAUGCCAUGAGACAUGCAGCUCAAUGCUUGGGUCGUGUCCUCAGAGGAAAAGACGAUUACGGAAUCAUGGUGUUGGCCGAUCGUCGUUUCUUGAAGAAACGAACACAAUUGCCAAAAUGGAUCAACCAGGCGAUCCUUGACAGUGAGGUCAAUCUGAGUACGGAUAUGGCGGUAGGAGCCGCGAAGAAGUUUUUGCGGAACAUGGCACAGCCGUUCAAAGCUAAGGAUCAAGAGGGCAUUAGUACAUGGAGCUUGCAGGAUUUAGAGAGGUUUAAGGAGAAGCAAUAUGAGGAAACGCUUAAGGCUUUGGGGGGUGGCGGAAAUGAUGACCCGAUGGAUGGCAUCAAGCAAGGUAAUGAACAGACGGUCAGAGAGGAUGAAUAUGGCAUGGAUGAUGAUGAAAUGGAGGCAAUGAUGGAGUUAGAUGCAUAAACAGGAUUUCGAUGGUUGGUUACUUAUUUACGCCUAGGGGAGAUAAUUAUCAACUUGUAAGAUAGCAGCGAUAUGGAAAAGAAAAACAAAUCGCUUCAACUGGUAUCUAUUUUGGGGCAUAAGAACAUGAGAUAU